UGGACGGUUAACUAGUGACAGUCCUAAAUCGGCGUUUAAUCAGUAGUUGCCCGCAUGAAACAUCUUUGGACGCUUUCUGCACCUGUGCUGCAACGCCCCAUUCUCCCCUAAAUGCAUGCAACCAUGAGCAUGUGUGUACUUCCAUCACGCACUCGGAAAGGCAUGUCCUCACCACUUCGCUCGCGUUGUUGUUCUUGAUAUGCGUUUGCACUUAAUGACUACUCUCCACGCACCCGCCAAACCCCACACACAGGGCACCACCCAGUGGCUGACCAUCUACACAGCAAACGUAGAGGACCAGCUAACAUGCCCGGGGUGGCAGGACUUCGGAGUAACACCUGAGACGGUGCAGUCCCAAAUGGCUCUCGAUGCGUACAGUGGUUACCAGGUGGUUGCCGUGAAGGUGAACGUCAACGGCAGCGAUGUGGCAGACAAGACCGAGCUGCCGGUGGUGGCGUCUCUUGGGCUGCACCUCUAUGGUGACUCGGUGAUCUCCGGUUCCUCAGGACCCAGCCCACCACCGCUGCCCCCAAGGUCUCCCCGACCCCCAAGCCCACCUCCCAGCGCCCCGGGGCCCUCCCCUCCAGGUUCACCCUCGUCCAAGCCACCUAGUCCCCCACUGGGCUCUCCCCCCUCCCCGCGCCCCUCACCACCAUCUCCAGCACCACAGCCGCCUCCACAGCCGCCAAGCCCGUCUCCUUCACCUCCUGCCCUGCCGCCUCCACCCUUGCUGCCACCCUCACCACGUCCUCCAUCACCCUCACCCAAGCCACCAAGCCCCCCACCGCGUAUGCCCCCCUCCCCGGGCCCCUCACCACCAUCUCCAGCACCACAGCCGCCUCCACAGCCGCCAAGCCCGUCUCCUUCACCUCCUGCCCUGCCGCCUCCACCCUUGCUGCCACCCUCACCACGUCCUCCAUCACCCUCACCCAAGCCACCAAGCCCCCCACCGCGUAUGCCCCCCUCCCCGCGCCCCUCACCACCAUCCCCAGCACCACAGCCACCUCCACAGCCGCCAAGCCCGUCUCCUUCACCUCCUGCCCUGCCGCCUCCACCCUUGCUGCCACCCUCACCACGUCCUCCAUCACCCUCACCCAAGCCACCCAGCCCUCCACCGCGUACGCCCCCCUCCCCGCGCCCCUCACCACCAUCCCCAGCACCACAGCCGCCUCCAUCGCCGCCAAGUCCUCCUCCUUCACCUCCUGCGCUUCCGCCUCCACCCUUCCUGCCACCCUCACCACGUCCUCCAUCACCCUCACCCAAGCCACCCAGCCCCCCACCGCGUAUGCCCCCCUCCCCGCGCCCCUCACCACCAUCCCCAGCACCACGGCCGCCUCCACAGCCGCCAAGCUCUCCUCCUUCACCGCCUGCGCUUCCGCCUCCACCCUUCCUGCCACCCUCACCAAGUCCUCCUCCACCCUCACCAAAGCCUCCCGGUCCCCCACCACGGGCGCCCCGUUUCCGGCGGCCUCCACCACCAUCCCCAGCACCACAGCCACCUCCACAGCCGCCAAGCCCGUCUCCUUCACCUCCUGCCCUGCCGCCUCCACCCUUGCUGCCACCCUCACCACGUCCUCCAUCACCCUCACCCAAGCCACCAAGCCCCCCACCGCGUAUGCCCCCCUCCCCGCGCCCCUCACCACCAUCUCCAGCACCACAGCCGCCUCCACAGCCGCCAAGCCCGUCUCCUUCACCUCCUGCCCUGCCGCCUCCACCCUUGCUGCCACCCUCACCACGUCCUCCAUCACCCUCACCCAAGCCACCAAGCCCCCCACCGCGUAUGCCCCCCUCCCCGCGCCCCUCACCACCAUCCCCAGCACCACAACCGCCUCCACAGCCACCAAGCCCGUCUCCUUCACCUCCUGCGCUGCCGCCUCCGCCAUAUUUGCCGCUAUCACCAAGCCCUCCUCCGCCAUCGCCCAAGCCUCCCGGUCCCCCACCACGGUCGCCGCGUUUCCUGCGGCCUCCACCCUCGUCACCAGUACCUCUCCCGCCUACAUCACCGCCAAAUCCGUCACCUGUACCCCCUUCGCUGCCGCCUCCACCCAUGUUGCCGCCUUCACCUCACCCACCAUCGCCCUCACCCAAGCCACCAAGUCCCCCACCACGAAUGCCCCCCUCCCCGCGCCCCUCACCACCAUCCCCAGCACCAACACCGCCUCCUUCGAUGCCACGCCCCUCUCCUGUACCUCCGUCACUACCCUUUUUCCCUCCACCUCCACAUCCUCCACUUCCCUCACCCUCUCCUCGGGCCCCACCCCGAAGUCCCCCCUCACCACCUCCCACCCCACCUUCACCACGGCCUCCGGCACCACCUUCACUGCCCAGCCCAUCUCCCGCACCUCCCGCGCUGCCGUCCACACCACUGUUAGCGCCACCCUCGCCCAGUCCUCCCGCACCCUCGCCACACCCUCCCGCACCCUCGCCCAAGCCACCAUCACCCCUGCCACCGCGGCCUGCUGCUCCUCAACCAAGCCCAACACCCUUGACACCUGUGCUGUCGAGUCCACCUCUUACCCCACCUCCAUCCCCGCCCACGUCGCCGCCCUCUCCACGAUCGCCUUCGUCCUCAUCAGGCCCCCCAUCCCCUCCACCCAAGCGUCCUCGGGCGCCUCGCCCCUCACCCUCACCGCCGCUACAACCGCCCGUGCCUCCACCACCACCACCAAGGAUGGUCUGGGGAAGCUCUGCUCGUGGCCCAUAUGAUCCCGAAGGCAGCAGCAGCACUCUUGGCAACGUCAACCGGCUGUUGGGCCCUCCCAGUGACCUGGCGCUGGCUGCCAAGACAUGCAAAGCUGUCCUCACCCUGGGAUGGGUCGCUACCGUACGGAUCCCCCGAUACGCGGUCGUUGACUUCAACGUCACGCCCCCCGUCCUGGGGAGCCAGCUCCAGAGUGUGGACCUGUAUCUGACCAGCCGCGGCAGUCUUGCACCCGGGAUAACGUCCAUCGAGAUACAGAUGCGUUCACCUACCGAGGGCACCACCCAGUGGCUGACCAUCUACACGGCGACCACAGCGGACGUGCUGACGUGCCCCGGGUGGAACUACUUUGAGGCACCACCUGAGACGGUGCAGACCCAGAUGGCGCUGGAUGCCUACAAAGCGGAUGAAGUGGUUGCCGUGAAGGUCAACGUGAAUGGCACAGAUGUGGCAGACAAAACCGAGCUGCCGGUGGUGGCGUCUCUUGGUCUUCACCUCUAUGGUGACUCGGUGAUCUCCGGUCCCUCAGGACCCAGCCCACCACCGCUGCCCCCAAGGUCUCCACGACCCCCAAUCCCGCCCCCAAGCGCCCCGGGGCCCUCCCCUCCAGGCCCCAAGACGCGACCGCCACCCAGCCCCAAGCUACUGCCAUCCCCACCCAGCCCUGCACCUUCACCCCGUGUACCUUCAUCCGAGCAACCUGUGCCUCCAAUGCCAAGUCCACACCCGCCUCCGCCGACGCCAUUCACGCCUUCACCUACGCCAAUGAAUCAUCCCCCGCCGUCCCCACUUCAGGCUCCCAGUGCUCCUCACCCUCCCCCAUCACCCUCACCGCCUUCUCCACCAGCGGGCCCGUCACAAGCGGGUUCCAUUCCACCCUCACCACCGCUACCAAGCCCCCCGAGCCCUUCACCAGGACAACCUGCACUACCAUCACCGAUGCACGGGACGUCUGCACCGCCAAGCCCAAGACCCCCUUCACCUCCAUCCCCUGCACAAUCACCCCUGCCACCUCGGCCUGCUGCUCCUCUACCAAGCCCAACACCCUUGACACCUGCGCUGUCGAGUCCACCUCUUAUCCCACCUCCAUCCCCGCUCCCGUCACCGCCCUCUCCACGAUCGCCUUCGUCCUCGUCAGGCCCCCCAUCCCCUCCACCCAAGCGUCCUCGGACGCCUCGCGCCUCACCCUCACCGCCGCUGCAACCGCCCGUGCCUCCACCACCACCACCAAGGAUGGUCUGGGGAAGCUCUGCUCGUGGCCCAUAUGAUCCCGAAGGCAGCAGCAGCACUCUUGGCAACGUCAACCGGCUGUUGGGCCCUCCCAGUGACCUGGCGCUGGCUGCCAAGACAUGCAAAGCUGUCCUCACCCUGGGAUGGGUCGCUACCGUACGGGUGAGUCCAGUGGCAUCUUUAGGAUGGGGUGCAAUUCAAGGACACGCUACCCUUCACUGACCUUGGCAACAGUCGCAAGACUCAGC